UGAAAAUUCAUUUUGCACAGUUUUUAGUUUUUACAGAUCGGAAUCGGUAGGAAAGGAAAGCGAAUAGAAGAAGGCGAAGAACAGAAGCUUCCAGCUUUGUGAAAAUGGCGGACUACCACUUUGUGUACAAGGACGUAGAGGGAGCGUCGACUCAGUGGGAUGAUAUUCAGAGGAAGCUAGGGAAUUUGCCCGAGAAGCCGCCGGCGUUCAAGCCGGCGCCUUUUACUCCGGCUCCGGAUGGAGAUUCGAUCCCUAAGGAUAAGGCGUGGAUCGACGAGAAGAACGAAGAUGAGCUCGAGGAGCUCGAAGAUGAUCUCGACGACGAUCGCUUCCUGGAAGAAUACAGGAAGAAGAGGCUGGCUGAGAUGAAAGAAACAGUUAAAAUUGCGAAGUUCGGAUCAGUGGUCCCUAUCUCGGGCUCCGAUUUCGUAAGAGAGGUGUCACAAGCGCCUCCUGAAGUUUGGGUUGUGGUGCUCCUCUACAAGGAUGGGUACCAAGAAUGUGGGGUCUUACUUCGUUGCCUGGAAGAAUUGGCAACGAAAUACCCUGCCACGAAGUUUGUUAAGAUCAUUUCUACUGACUGCAUACCCAAUUACCCAGACAGGAAUCUCCCAACUCUUUUGGUCUACAACAAUAGUGCUGUGAAAGCAAACUAUGUAGGCUUAAGAAGCUUUGGCAGGAGAUGUACCCCUGAAAGUGUUGCACUGGUUCUGUGCCAGUCGGAUCCAGUGCUAAACGAUGGCCAGAAUGGAAGCGACACUUCGAGCCAAGCUGUGAUGGAUGGUGUUAGGAGGCGGAUCCUCGAGAGGGUUGUGAAGGACCAUGAAGAACGUGGUGAUGGUUAUUCGAGUGAUUAGUUUGUAGGAAGCUUCUUUUGAUAGGUCUGACGAAGGAAAGUAGAGUACUCGUUAAAGGCUUGGCUAGUGUGUGGAAUGCAGGAGCCGUUUUGGUUUCUGUUCCUUUUGUGUUCCAUUUGUGAUUUCCCUGAAUGUGUGAGUGUGUACAACGCUUUGAUUUUUUUCUUCCAGAAGUGCUUUAGCUACACUUGUUGUUCUUGUAGAACAGCACAGCAUGAUUCUGGACGAUUAGUGUUUUGAAACGCUUAAAGAUCCUAAUGAACAAGCACUCAAAAAUACAAAAUUUAUGUGGCUGGAUAAGUAAGCAUUCAGUUCAUGGAACCAUAUUUCUCUUGUAUGUGUUACAGAGUGAGGUAAAUAGUAACCAAUAUGCAGAAACGUUAACUUGCGCUCCUAUUUUAAGCACAAAACCCCCUUGGGAUAUCCCACAAACAGAAGUCCUUUUCAAAGGAAAAGCAAAACACAGGCAUUGGACGAGGGAUCUCUUGAAGAGCUUGCUGAUCAGCGAGAAUGGUUUAUUAAUGGAUGUUUCUCAUGCGCUCUCUUCCUCUUCAACUUCUUUCUUUUUAUUUUUCCUGGUGUCACUGCCGCCCUGAGCUUGCAUCUCAGCCUUCUUCUGCGCUCGAACCAUGGCUCGUCUAGCACGAGGUCGCAUUUCUCGAACUGUCCUGGGAGGCAUCACGUAUGGUUCAAUGGGCCGAUCACCAAAGGGGUGCUCACCGUCAGCAAAAAUCCUCAGCUUUCUAUCCCGGUCAUCACGCAAUUUAUUUCUUGGGAGCAUACGCAUAACAGCUUUGCGAAUGACUUCUGUUGGGUCCUUGGCCAUUUGGUCUUUCAAAGUCCUUUCCUUGAGGUGCCCAAUAUAGCUGCACCAAGAGUGAUGGCACACAGUCAAUCACUAGUGAGAAAGGGGUGCUAUGGAAUGCUAUACAAGAGACUUCAGAGAGAUACGAGAAAAU